UCUCCGCCAAUAAUCAAGGGUCGAUCGUAUCUAUAAACCCUUGUAUAAAUAUACUAGGGUUUAAGGGUUUAAGCAGAGCAGCAACGAAGAAAAUUAAACAGAGAGGAAGAUGCGAGGAGGAAGUUAUUCGUGGUAUAGACGAGGAAUUGAGGGAGAUGCAAUCUUUUUGAGCAGCAUGGUCUCCUUGUGCUUGGUUUUCGGUUUGUCUUGGUCUCGUUCGUAGGAAUGGCUUUAUUUGGAAGAGUUGGGAAUAUACUAAAGCAAGCAACGACUAGGAAGAUCAAUUCAGAGUUAUGUUCAUUCCCAUCUGGUUUCCAGGCUAUACGGUGCUUUUCAAAUUCUCCAAGUACUAAGCUGUUCAUAGGAGGUGUUUCAUAUAAUACUGAUGACCAAAGUUUGGAGGAAGCUUUCUCAAAAUAUGGUCAAGUUCUUGAUGCUAGGAUAAUUAAGGAUCGCGAGUCCGGUAGGUCAAGAGGAUUUGGUUUUGUUACUUUCUCUACUCUUGAGGAGGCAUCAAGUGCCAUUCAGGGAGUGGAUGGACAGGAUCUACAUGGUCGUCAGGUUAAGGUAAAUUUUGCUAAUGAAAGACCCCGUGCAUAUCCAGGUAGUUACGGUAACUCUCCAUAUGGGAAUGCCGGUGGCAAUGCGACUGGAGUUUUAAAUACUACUGGAUAUCCUGGAGAUGUCUAUGAAUCGGAUAGCAAUCCUGGUAACCGUGCUGGCAAUAACUAUGGUACUGAUGACAAUACCAGAAGUUCUGGUGGUGGUUAUGGUUAUGGCAGCUUUCCUAGUGGAAACACUUACAAUGAUGGAACUAGUGGAGGUUACUGUGUCAACAAUGGAAAUUAUGCUGCUGCUGCGGGUGUUGGAGAGAGUAAUACUGUUAACUAUGGUAGUGCUCCUGGUGGUGGUUAUGGUAACUACGGCACUGCUGCGCCCGGAAUUGGCAAUCGUUAUAAUUAUGACAAUUCUGCUGUAUUUGGCAGCAGUGGUAAUAAUUUUAAUGUUGCUGGUGGUGGCAGCAGCAGUGAAUACCCUGGAAGUGCCAUGGGGUAUGGUACCUUUGGUAUGGGUACUGGUGGUGACUUUGGUGGUGGUGCUGGUGGUGGUGGUGGUGAUGGUGGAUGUGCUUAAAGUUGGGAAUUGGGAUGCAGCAGCAGUGGCCAACAGGAUAGCAAUCAAAGCAACUUUGGUAUUUGAUGCUGUGUUCCCUGUACCCCCUCUAAAAGCAUGUUUCAGUCAGUAAAAUAGGGCAUUCUUUUGUUUUAGAUUUUUUCUUUUAUUCAGAAACUUUUAUUGCAUUAGGAAUCCACCAUCAAUUGUCUUUUUUUUCAUAUAUACUCUCAUUUAACAAUUAUUUUAGAAUUAUCCAACCAAUUACUAUAAAUAUUACAUAUUACCUCUUA